AUGCGCCUACUAUGGCUGCAAUUUUGGGCAAUCUUCAUUGGAAUUGAAGCUCGAAGCAGAAAUGGCGUCUACAGCACUUCCUUCGUUUUUCUCACAGCAACAAAUCAGAAGACCGGCGAAAGCGUGCAAAUCUGCGCGAACUACCUUCAAUCGCAAAUUCGAGAAGUUGCCAAGACAAGAGAAACAGCUGAAGUCUACCCUCUCGUUUGGUGGGCCGAACAGGAGGGCAACUUGGAUUUGUGCAACGGGCCACGACAAUUCGCCACAACACCUUACUCUGGAAGCAUUGUCCCGUUGAGCUACCGUGUCAAUGGCUCUUCAAAAGGUGAUCGCGCUUGUGUAGAGUCUUUCAACAACGAUUCAUCGGCUUUUAGAAACGUCACACAAUCUGAGGUUGAUGAACUGAAGAGCUUUGGUGCUUCUGCUGCUUUGCUGCUACUCAACAAAGGGCAACGCUUUGUGACGAGCUGGCGCGAUUUUCUCUUCUCCGACUUCACCGAUCCCUACGUGAAUGCGUCAGAUGCAAUCCCGACUUUCUUCGCCUACAAGGAGGAUUUUGACAAGAAGAUCAUUACCCUCGAUCACCCAUCCAAUCACCCAUCGAUUACUCUUCAAAUACAUCGACCACCGUCUUCACAAUGGGACGCUUCGAUGCUCAUCAUUUGGUUGCUCGCAGUUGGUGCCGUCACAGGAGGAGGCUUUUGGGCGUUCUACAGACACAACAAUGGUAAAGAUGAGAAUCGACAGGUACAUCAUCCCGAGCCAGAGGAUUCCAAGGGAUGUUGUAAUAAACACGCCAACACACUUGCUAUUCUCAUCUUGAUGGUUGUUCUCGUUUCAAUUUUGAUGUUGGGCUACUAUUUUCGGCCGGUGUUGAUCGUCGUCUUCAAUAUUUUCCUCGUUGUACUUGGCUCCUUCUCGGUGUACGGCUGCGCGAACGCUCUUCUUUCGAACCUUAAAUGUGCACGGCCACAAUGCUGCGUAACUCCGCUUUGCGCAAGAUUCCCCGAGAUGGGUUGCAUUUCACACGCACCCUCGCUGGCGGCUUUCUUCCUUUAUGGGUGGUGCCUCGCGCUUUGUGUUUUCUGGUUCUUCACGAGAAAUGCGCCAUACGCGUGGAUUUUACUCGACUUCAUCAAUUUUACAAUGUGUCUGCAUAUUUUGAAGUCUCUACGAUUACCUAGUCUCAAGUGGAUAACCGGGUUGAUGGUCUGCAUGUUCGUCUACGAUGCGUUUAUGGUCUUUUUCACGCCGUUCUUAACUCCUUCUGGUUGCUCGGUGAUGUUACAGGUCGCGACGGGUCUGGAUUGCAGCUCUUCUUCGGGUGGAGGCUAUCCAACGCCACCAAUCGAUGCAAAUUUACCAGAAAAGUUUCCGAUGUUGAUGCAAGUGAUGCACUUUGACCCGAUGCUCGAAUGUGUCGAUGUGGAGGUGGAACGAGGAUAUCAAAUGACGAUUUUGGGACUCGGCGACAUCAUAAUUCCAGGAUAUCUCAUCAGCCAUUGCUUCACGAUGGGUGGUUUCCCAGCGCAAACGCGAUUAAUUUAUGGAAUUAUUUGCAGUAUAGGCUACGGUGUCGGUUUGGUGAUUACGUUCGUGGCUUUGACUUUGAUGGGGAUCGCUCAGCCAGCCCUCAUCUAUCUCGUUCCAGCCACCUUGAUACCGGUCUGCAUCACCGCUCUCAUUCGAAAGGAAUGGGGACGGUUAUGGCAUGGUGCUCAAGAUAAAUCAGAUAUUACGCCUCUUCGCUUGACUGAUGGACCCAUGACUCCACCACGAUAUAUAAAUCGUUUUUUCGCAUUUAACAUUACGGGUGAGGAUGCGGUGCUGAAUCGAGAAGCCGUUUCAGACGAUUGCUGCACUUCCACUGAAACGUGUAAAAAUUUUGUU